AACAGGUGUUUUUAUUGAUACUGCUAGGACUAUUGAUACAACGUGACGUUUCAUUCAAAUGGUUUGUGUUUACUUAGUUCUGUGAAAAUAUUUGAGUUUCAUAUAGGGAAUUUAAUUAUACAUUGAGUAACAUACAUUUGUGUUGCCUGCUUUAUUAUUGUUAGAUCAAAUAUGGGGCGUAAGGUGACAUUGGCAGUUAGCACUUUGAACCAGUGGGCUUUGGACUUUGAAGGCAACUUGGCACGUAUCUUGCAGAGUAUACAGGCAGCUAAGGAUGCUGGUGCUACAUACAGAAGUGGUCCAGAACUGGAAAUAUGUGGGUACAACUGUGAGGACCACUUUUUAGAAAGUGACACUCUGUUACAUUCUUGGGAGUUGCUGUUGGAACUCCUCAUCAGUCCCAUCUGCAAAGAUAUUAUUGUGGAUGUGGGGAUGCCAGUGAUGCACAAGAAUGCUACGUACAACUGCCGAGUUAUAUUUCUGAACAGAAAGUUGCUGCUCAUUCGACCAAAGUUACUAAUGUGUGACACAGCGAGCUACAGAGAAACUCGUUGGUUCAGUGCUUGGAGAAAAGUAAGUUAGACUGAGGAUUACUAUUUGCCAAGAAUGAUCCAGACCUACACAGGGCAGUCUGUAGUUGCUUUCGGUGAUGGUGUCAUCUCUACCAAAGACACCUGCAUUGGCUUUGAAAUCUGUGAGGAACUUUGGAACCCUGUCAGCUCACACAUCCCAUUGUCCCUUGAUGGUGUGGAGAUUGUAGCCAAUGGUUCAGGUUCAUACAUGGAGUUGAGAAAAGCGUACACCACUGUAGAGCUUGUCAAGUCUGCCACAUUCAAG